GCUGCUCUUCCCACCCCGCCCCACCGGGACCAGCGGCAGCGGGUGCCAAACCGCCCCCAGGGAGCCGCGCUGAGGACGCAGCCAUGCCGAGCGAUGACGCUCAGCAGCCGGACUGCCGCCUCGUCUCAUCCAUCUCCAGCGCUUUACAGAGGACGAGGAUGCCAUGAGAUUUCCCACAGGCCCUCACUGGCACCUGGCUGUGAGUGAACCGGGGGGAAAGAGGGGAUAACCGACGGCGGAUAAUGACGUGAUGGUUCCGGUUGUUGAGCGAGCAAAGGGGGGCUCCGGACGUCUUGAAUGACCGGUGCUGGAGAGGAAAUCACCGGACUUUAUUGUGUGUGGAGCCGCGUAAGAUACUGGACCGACCGCAGUUAAAAAAAAACGGUCUCUCUAACAGGUUGCUGAGAUUUCCUUCCAUCUGAAGGGGGGCUUUGCAGCACAGUCGAGGAUGCUAUCCCCCAGAUGGUGACUUCUGCAGGUAAGACAGUUGAAAAGCAAAAGAGACACACGGGAAAUAAACCUCUGGCUGGAUUUGACUGUAGGUAAGGUGGGGAACAUGUGGCUCCACGGUCAGGCAGCAGACCAAACCACCCAACCGCAAACUACCAUUUAAUUUAACCUUCUGGCUGAGGUUUGCCAGUUAUGAUGAUACAACAAGUGCCAGAUUGUUUAAAACAUUUCAUUAGGCAAUAAAACUAAAACUCACUGCAAAUUACAGCCUUGGGAGGCUCAUAGCUUUUAGAAAAUUACAUUAAUACACCAGUAAUGAGAAUUUUUCCAUCAAUGUAAUUGGGAUAAUUAAAUGUUGUUCUUCCACUGAGAAAUAUCUGGAUGUUUUAGUUAAUCAACUUGAACAGUAGAGAAACAAAGUCAUCGGGUGUUGUAAUUACUAUAAUGGCAGUGCUUAAAAUGAAUAACUUUGCCUGAACUCAGCCAUAUACAUUAGUCUAAAUUAAUGUCAAAAUUAUGCAUUUUAUAUACUGAUAUAAAAGUUCAUUCUCUCUUACUGCAUUAAUGUUUAGAUUGUGUGUUUGGUAUUUUAAUGUGACUGCCAGUAAAAAGAAAUCAAGGCAUCUGCACAAAUUUUCUACCUCUCUUGCACACAGCUAAUUUAUUGCUUUCUGUCAGAUAGACCUGUUUCUAAGGUCUAUUUGAGGCGAGGCUGUACAUUAGCUGUGUGCAGUGGAGAUAAUUAUGUGUAUAUGCGGAUUCUUGAUUCCUUUUCAUUUACACCAUUUUUGCUCCCAUGUGACUCUGCCAAUCAGAGAUGUUUGUUUAAGAUUAUUAUUUGCAAUGCAGGAGGAAUGCUGGAGGAAUUUAGAAAUCCCAACACUUAACUGUAAUUUGGCAGUGAGGUAGUGAGGCAGUGUUUGUGCAUGUAUCUAAAUAUUUUCUUGAUGGAAGAGUAUCUAAACUAUGUCUUUCAGAUGUGAGUCUUAUAUGUUCUCAACAUUUCAAAUAUUAAGUUGCAUGUAUGUUUUGAAUGGUGUUGUGAAUACAUCUUUUCUGUGUUGUUUAAUUGCUGUAUCAAUAUCGAAUUCAGGAGAUCCAGCUGAUGAUAAUUAUCCAUGCAACUUUGAGAGGUGCUUUUGAAUCAGUCACAGUGAACCAAAAAUGACAGGAGAUGCAUGUACGAAUCAGAUAUAGUAUGCUGAAACUGUACUGCACGUGUGCAUACAAAAUACUGGCCAUAUGGUAAGUGUUCACAGUAGGUGCUGCUGCAUUCAGCAUGCUAAUCCAUCUACAUCCCUUGCUGCCCUUGCCACUGUUAGAAUUCACUCACACUUUGCAGAUGUUGCUUUUUAAGAUUUCUGUAGUGAGUCUAAUCACGUACAAUUUAUGCCUAUAUUUGUGGAUCUUAUUGUGAGAACAGAUUCCAUAUGAAACAGUGGGUAUGAUAUAUAUACAUAUUUAUAUGAAACAACUAGUUGAUUAAAUCUGACAUUUCUGAUAAUCAGUUCAUAGUUGUGUAGAAAUCCCACAUCCACAAGAUGGUUCCAGCCUCUCAAAUGUGAGGAUUUGCUGCUUUUGUCUCAUAUAAUUGUAAAUUGAAUACUUCUGGGUUUUUGGACUGUUGAUAAAACUAAAUAAGCAACUUGAAGUACAUCACUUAUGGCUCUGGUAACUUGUAACAGUCACCACUCAUUCUUUUCGACAAUUUAUAGGCUAAACGGAUUAAUCCAUAAUCCAAUAAUCAUUAGCUGCCGGCCUAUAUUUCUUUAAUUUUCUCUUGACAGAAGCCUCCUCCUUUUCGUGCAGGAGUUCCAGUGAGAGGAGGUUUUGAGAGUAACACUACAGGCCUGUCAUAGUUUCCUACCUUCUCACACUCAUCUCUGCGUCUCCCGCUGUCGUCUAAUGGUUUGAUGGAGAUCUGGUCGAAUGUCAGCGGGAACUAUUGUUAUAUCCGGAGGAAUUCUCGCCGGAGUUAUACUGCUGUGCAUUGUAGCAGUGCUCUGUUACUGUAGACUCCAGUAUUACUGCUGUAAGAAGAAUGAUUCUGAGGUGGACAUGGGCUCCGUGGUGGGAGCAGACCCACUCUCACACUUUCCCUGCAAUGCCUGCAAUGCCCUUGCCAUGGAUGGCACAUCUAUCACCCCCGUCUCUCUGGAUCAGCUGGACACGGGUUCUCACCACAUCCACUGCCCCACCUGUUCACCGUACACCCUCCGCUCUGGACUCACAGACAACAUGCGUAACGGAGGGGAGCGGCUGGGCUUCCACACCUACUACGAGAACCCGUCUGUCUCUCUUCCACUGUCUGUCAACCAGCAGGGCUCCUCCCCUCUAGGUUACUACAGUCCCACGGACAUGUUUCCUCCCCCUCCACGCCCCUACAGCACCCAGGUCUGACCUCUGCUGCACCAUAAAGACACACUCACAUAUCGAUAUACAUUGUGACACACGCCUGACAUUUACACAUCGAGCACACGCCCUUUUGUUUGGGACUAAAUUCAGGUGAUGGAUUACGAUACAGCACAAUUACACACAUACCCACAUUACUGUACAUGCUCACAGAUUCCAGGCUCAUUCAUCCAUGGGAGUGACCCAUAAACAGAGACAGAGCCGCUGUGUGGGCAACAAAUCCUUGGACCAAACCCGUGGGGAGCUGCAGACAGCAGCAUAAAACUGUUUUAUCAGCAGGGAAAUGGUACAGAACUGUAGUACAACCUCAGUUUGUUCACACAGGGCCAAAUCACAUGCGGUACUAAAAUGUGUAUUUGGUAAUUGGAUCUCAGGUGGGAUCCAAUAUCAAUUUAGGUGUGAACGCACCUGGCUUGAUGCAGUCAUUCAAGCCACAUUUGAUGGUGGUCAGGGACACGUGACCAUGUAUGUACUAUAGUGUGAACACAAAAGGGUCCCCAGACAGCCAAGUCAGUUCUUGUGUAGGUGCUAGCGAUGCAGCUUUUAAGCAAUUCACAUAAGCCAUGUAAAUGAUCAAUUACCAGUUAAUCAUUAAAAGCUUAUGAAAUAAGAAAAAUGCAUAUUUUUUCCCAUGAAAGCUUAUUUUUAACAAUUGAUGUGCACUGUUUGUGCACCACACUAAUAAUAAUAAAUAAAUCAGAUAUUUGAAUCCUAAGAAAAUUGUUUGAGUCAUGAAUAAAACAAAAUAACUUACUAAAUUAUGGGAUGUUUUCUGUAUGUAACUGUAAUUUAGUAUUUAUCAUAGAAAAAAUAGGAAUGUCCUUGAAAGAAAAAGCUAAACCCAAACAAAUAUCUCUUGAUUAAUAAUUUAUUAUUGGUAACUUUAUUCUCCAUAUACAGUAUAUUGAAUAGUAUGCUUGCCUGUUUCCUAUUUUUUGCUUGUUCAGCAGAUCUGCUAGCAAUGACUAUAAAACUCUCUUGGUUAUGCUAGCAGUUAAUUAGGAUUAAUUAAUUAGAAGUGUAAUUGAACACAGUCUCUAUUUUCCCUAUAAUUAGCACCAAAUUACAUAGAUCUUUUAGGAAACUAAGUGGGAAAGUAUUAUUAUUUGUAAAUUAUGGACCCAUAAAAUAAAGCAUUACCAAAUGUUCUGCUCAUGCUCCACCUGCUGUUAUUCACAAAUACAAAAACAAAAUUAAAAAGUUACAGAACCUCAGUUGGAUUAGAUUAGACAUGCAAGGCACUUAAAAGGUUCAGCCCACUCUGUCAAAAGGCUGAAGCCUAUGAAUGCCUAUAUCAAGUAGAAAAAUAGAAUAGCCUACCCUGAUGUCUCAAUCAUUGAUUAAUUAUUAGUCGUUCUAGUAAGAGAAACUUCCCAAACACUGAUAGAUAAGUUGCUUUGCCUCUGUAAAACACCUUAGAUAAGAUUUUUAAGUUCAAGCCCAAGACAGGUUGGGAAUAGCCACGGAAAUCCUCUUCUCAGGCCGCAUGGCCAGCGACAUAUCUGUUUUUUUGUACAGCACCAACCAUAGUUUUCUGCAUAACAUAAAAUAAAAUAAGAGCUGGGAGGUGACAUCUGGAGAAUUUUUUUUUGAUGCCAGGUGUUUGCUGCAGUCUGUUGUAGCUACAGCCUGAAUAUAUCUGGUCACAUGAUACAGAGACUGAAAAGGACCACCACCAUCUCUUUAGUUUCUGUUAUUCUCUCCUGCAUUGUUUCCCCCCUCUUCCUGUGUUGGUGUUAACUGAAAGUUCCAAAUGCUAGCCUGAGAAAAACCCCUCCCCCCAUCCCCUCCAGCUUACUGUACAUGAGGGCUAACAGUUUUUCUAUUAGGUGUUGUUGUUUGCCAACUGCAGAAACUACUAAUGGAGCUUAAUUGUUUUUGUCAGAGGAAAGACAUGAGUGAGAAAUUACAAGUGUGUGUGUUUGUGCAUCUUGCAAUUAUUUGAAGGAGUCUAGUUUUAGUGUGCUAGAAGAAAAGUCUGCUAGAAAAGUAUGCAUUUUGUUUGCUUGUAUUUACACUUCUGGUUAAUUGUAAUGAAGCUAGACUAAAAAGGAGGUAGGUUCUGCUGUGUCUUCCAUAUAAGUUGAUGUAUUGAACUUUUUCAUGUUUACACACUGAGAUGGAUGAAAACAAAGAAUUUUAGAGAUGUUGUAGGCAGAAACGAGAUACUUAGGAUCAUGUACCAUACUUUGUUGAUCUUGAAGCUUGAGUUUUGUAUCUUAUAAGCCAUUAUAUCUGCUAUAUAGUACAGUAACAAGAUGCAGUGUUAUUCCACAGUAUAUGCCUGAAUCUAUAUAUUUUUAAAGAGUAUUGUAGCUUUUGUGAGGGAUGUCAGGGUUUAAGUGUGUUUUACUGAGUUUGUACCAAAUUUGAGUUUCCCAUACUCUUCAAUUAUCUUUCCAUCUUGAUUUUUCUCUGUAUUUCUGACGAUUAUAAUAAUAUAAUACAACAGAGGAACACAAUGAGAAGAGAAUGGAAAUGUACAGUUGUUCACUUUAAAAUUGUCCUUAAAUUUAGCUAAACUGUAUGGUAAAAAUGCAAUGAUAUUUAGUAUAAUUAAAGAUUAUUAGUUAAAAGACAUAACAGAUAUGUAUUCAGUAUAUUCUCACACCACAUUGUUUCCACUGAGCUGUGAGCUUCAUUAUCACAUCUCCUAACUUUCCUCACCUCACAUCCCCUUGUUGUUCAGAAGUAUGUGUUAAAUUAUAUCUGUAAAACGACUUUUUUGUUAAUUUAGAUGUCCACUCAGCAUUGGUGUUCACUGCCACAUAGCCAAUAUACUCAACAAAUGUGGUCCCCAUAGUUUGGUGAAAGGGGUUUAGUUUUUGUUGAUGUUUGUUGCACCACAAAGAGCACCAUUGCUGUAUCCUGUUAUUUUUUAGUUUCCUUUUUCUUGUGCUGACUGUUGAAAAUUGUAUUUUUCAGAUUUUUCUGUAUGAAACUAGAGUAAAUUUUGGUAUUCCCUGAUACAGUGAGAAAAAUCCACCAAAUUUUUUUGAGGAGGAAUAAAUGCCUGCCUGGACUUUU